CACCACCACGGCCUCCCAGAGACGCCGCCUUUACCUCCGCCCGAACACAACCAUGUCUACGACACCAUCUUGCCCCCAGAGGCUGCGUCGAAAGGUCCGGACACUAAUGCAGCCUCACACAUAUGUAGCAACCCCAUCUACAAAGAGGAACAGGAUGCAGCGGUGACACAGCGACCACAGCAGCAGCAGACAUUCACAGCUUCCAAAGAGAGUGGGGCAGGGUAUUGCUCUGCAGCAGAGAAGGAGAGGGAGUGGACUCUGGAGGUGUCCUCAUCACCCAUCAACACCGUUACAGGAGCAAUGGGGCCACUCGCCGGCCUCCACGGGAACGGCAUCCUCUGCCCCACAGUGAUCGACAGCCAGGGCCCCACCCCUAAGGUCGAACUGGUGGACUGCCUCUUCAGACUCCCUGCCCCCGAAUUCAGAGACCUGCCAGACAGGUAUGCGAGGCCGCCGCCGCGCUACCCUCACCCCCAGGACUCCAAACAGGAUGCCAGACCCGAUCAAACGCUUGUGGUCACCACCGCCAGCUCCGCAGCAGGGGGUAGUAACAGCAGCCAGAGUGAGCAGGCAGCUGGAGAGCAGAGAGCCAGACUGAGGACCACACCAGAUUACAUGGAGGUGCUGGACCGCUCUUACCAGUUUUAACACUACUCUUCCCCCUCCCCCUCUUCCUGCUACCCCUCUUCUCUUGUCUCCUCAUCAUCUCCCUCUCUGGUGAUGAAUCAUCUAGUGACUCCUGUACACAGGCUGGCGUGGCUUUGAGAGGAGCCUGUGGGGGAGCAGGACUACGCUACACACCAUGUUUAUUCCUGGAUAAGGAGCUGAGGUCAGUUUUUGUAUUUUCCCCACUACUGGCGUAUAGGUUGGUAUUUGGCAAGGAUUAGCUGAUCCCAGAAAUCUGCCUGGAGGCGAAACUUCAGCUGCAGCUACUACAGAAUUGUUUCCUCCAUUACGCCUCACAGUCGUAAAAGUACUAAAGCUCCCCUUUUUCUACUCAGCGCCACAAUGAACGGGAGACAGUGUGGUAUGGGUGGUGUCAGUGGGCGUUAAUGUUCAUAUUAUCACUCUCAAAAGACCUGCGUGGAGGUGAAACACACCAGCUCUUUGCAACAUCAACCAUAAGAGUCAUAAACAGUGACAGCCAGAAGGUGUGGAG